GAAAUCAACAAUUGAAAUGUAUAUUGCUGUAGAGGGAUGCUCUCAUGGAGAGCUUGACACCAUAUACAACUCAGUCACCAGACUUGAGCAGAUACAUGGCUUCACAGUAGAUCUUCUUCUUUGUUGUGGGGACUUCCAGUCUGUUCGCAAUGAACAGGAUCUCAAGUGUAUGGCUUGUCCAGUGAAGUAUAUGGAAAUGCGUGACUUCUUCAAGUACCACUCAGGUGAGAAGAAAGCACCAGUGUUGACCAUUUUCAUCGGGGGCAACCAUGAGGCUUCAAAUUAUCUUCAAGAGUUCCCCUAUGGUGGGUGGGUUGCCCCAAAUAUUUACUAUCUGGGGUAUGCCGGUGUAAUCAGAUUCGGAGGGCUUCGUAUUGGGGGCCUUUCAGGUAUAUAUAAGGGCCCAGACUACCUCAAGGGUCAUUUUGAAAAGCCACCUUAUUCCGGGGAUUCAGUUCGCAGUGUAUAUCAUGUGCGAAACCUUGAGGUCUUUCGGCUAAAGCAGCUCUCUGGUGAGAGUGACAUCAUGAUGUCUCAUGACUGGCCUCGUGGUAUUUAUCAUCAUGGUCCCAAGGAAAAGCUUGUGAAAUGGAAGCAACAUUUUCGUUCUGAGAUAGAGAAUAGUUCUCUUGGGUCAAGGGCUGCAGAGGAUUUGCUCAAGAAGUUGCGUCCCAAGUAUUGGUUCUCGGGUCAUCUACAUGUCAAGUUUCCUGCUGUUCUGCGACACAAGGACGAAAAUACUCAAAAAGUGAAGGUCACAAAAUUCUUAGCGCUCGACAAGUGCCUGCCGCGUCGAGACUUCCUUCAGGUGAUAGAUGUUCCAAGCACCCAUCCAUUAGAGCUAAGUUAUGAUGCAGAAUGGCUGACAAUUCUUCGUCUUACCAACCACCUUCUCUCUGUUGGUACACAGAGUGUCUACAUGCCUGGGCCAGGCGGUUCUGAGAGGUACCAGUUCACUCCUACAAAGGAAGAAAUUCAAGAGACUAUUCAGAUGAUGAAUGGAAAUCUGGUCAUUCCUAAAAAAUUUACUUCUACGGCAGAAACGUAUAAUAAAAAUAAGGGAAAACCAAGAAUGGAUUUGAUUCAUAUGCCUCAGCCUUGUUUGAACCCUCAAACCACUGUUUUCUGUGACAGGCUUGGCUUAGAUGAUCCAAUGGCUUUGCUUUUAGGGGGUAAAAGAAAGGCCUUGAUAUCUCCAAAAAUAAAUUCACCAAACCCAAGACUAAAUGACUCGGAGUUGAACAUUACUCUGGAAACGUCCAAACUAUCUCAUAGUCCAGAUGAGGUGGAGCUAAGUGAUGAUGAGAAUGCAGAUAUUGUGAUGGAGUUGAGACUAAGUCCUGACUUGCCUCCUGAUGCCGAGGGAUCUGUUGAAUUUGUUUUGAGCCCCAUCAGAAGAGAUGACUCAACUGGUUCACAAAGCCCUGGGGUACAGCCUCUUUCUAGUUCACCAAGACAUACAGGUGUGUUGGGUGGACAUCGGCGUGGAAUUGUUCUGUCCAGUCCAAAAGCGGAGAGUCAGUCUUCGCCCAAUCCUUUCACCUGCGAUACCUCCUCUGCUUCCUCGUCUCUCAGUGAAAGUGAAUCUAGUCCACACAGAAGCCCACAGACAAAGCGAACAAAUGAAGAGGAAAAGGAAUCAUCCAAGAAAGAAAGUGUUUCGUUAAGUCCAGAGACUUGUAAAGGAAUGAAGAAAUUUAAAAGAAGAAAUCAAGAAAAUUACUCUCCCAAAGAAAGAUAA